AAAGUGAGAGAAAGCUUCCAUUUCAUUUCAAAAUCUCAAAAUAUCGAAUUUUGUUCUCGUUUUGCCCAAAAUACCCCCAUCUUUCUUUUCAAUGCCAAAUCCAGGUUAAAACGCCACCGUCACAACAAAGAAACCCAGAUUCCGAACCAUGAUCGUCCGAACCUACGGUCGCCGCAGCCGUGGUUUGACCCGGACAUUCUCCGGCUCCCUGGGCGACGACGUUUCCGACUCCCUCCCCUUGUCCCAAGAAACGGUGCCGUCUCAAGACAUCUACGAUUUCCCCCUAACGGCCACUCAAGAAUCCUCUUCUUUAUGGCCAUCCUCUCAAGAUUUCAACGACAACGGCUGCAAAAACCAAACGAAAACGUCCGUUAAAACAACGGCAACCCGAAUUAUUUUUGAAUUCGACGAUUCGAGAAACGACAUCGUUAGAAGAUCCAAGAAACAGAAGCAAAGCCAGAGCAAGAAAGAGGAAGGGUAUUCGUCUAUGCCAUGGAUUUCGUCGACUUCGAGUCUGAUGGAGGCUCAAGAAUUCGGGGAAAUGAUGGAGCACGUGGACGAGGUUAAUUUCGCGCUCGAUGGCUUAAAGAAAGGCCAGCCAGUGAGGAUCAGGAGAGCUAGUCUCUUGUCUUUGCUUUCGAUUUGCGCCACCGUCCAACAGAGGAGACUGCUGAGAACUCAUGGGAUGGCUAAGACAAUAAUUGAUGCUAUUUUGGGCCUCAACUUUGAUGACAUCCCUAGCAACCUGGCUGCUGUGGCCAUUUUCUAUGUCUUAACGUAUGAUGGUCAAGAUGACCAUCUCCUGGAGUCACCUUGUUGCAUCCAAUUUCUAAUUAAAAUUUUAAAGCCAAUUACCCCUACUUCUAAAGAAAACAAAACAGAGAAAGUGGGCUUUAAGAUUUUGGCAUUACUCAAGGAUGCUGACAUCUCACGGGAUACAACUCAAUUGUUGGAUUCGAGCUCUGCAGCCAUUGCUUCCAAAGUUGAGGAAAUUCUUGUUAGUUGCAAGGAAAUGAAGCCAAAAUGCGGGGAUUAUACUGGUUUACAAAGGCCAGAGUUAAGCCAAAAAUGGAUAGCUUUGUUGUCUUUGGAGAAAGCCUGUUUGUCUAAAAUUUCUCUUGAAGAUGCAACUGGUACUGUAAGAAAAACUGGGGGCAAUUUCAAGGAGAAACUAAGAGAGCUUGGAGGACUUGAUGCUGUCUUUGAAGUGGCCAUGGAGUGCCAUUCCGUUAUGGAGGGUUGGGUGGAGCAGAGUUUAUCUUCUCCUCUUACCGAAGAUAAAAAGGAUCUGGAGAGCCUGGUGCUGCUUUCAAAAUGUUUGAAAAUCAUGGAAAAUGCUGCAUUCCUUAGUAGUGAUAAUCAGAGUCAUCUGCUAGAAAUGAAAGGGAAGUUGAAGUCUUGUGGAUCUCAACUAUCUUUUACGAAGCUUGUUAUAAGUGUAAUCAAGAUUCUCUCAGUGUUUUAUUGUAAGAGUUCUUGUGGAUCGUCAAGUACUGAAAAGGCUUGUGGUAAUUCUAAAGCAAUGGGUGAUGUUGCUGAAUUUGCUCUAACUGCAAAUUGUAAAGCAGUGGAUAGACAUGAUGUUAUCUACAUCAGUUCUUCUAAUAAAUCCUCAAGCAUGGAGUGGUUCUGUGAAAAGAGCUUCAAUACAUCUCAGAAUGAUCCAGGGCUCUCUACUCAGUGGUUGGGUCAUCUUGAACCCAGUUUUCAAGCUGAAAGUGCUUCCAUGAAUGAUAGAUGUUUAUUAAAGAUGAGAACCCAUUCUUCCUUGGCCAGCAUACGAAGGGGGAAAUUAGGAAGUUCAUUUGAUGAAUUGCCUGUAACAAGCAAUGGUUCAAAGGAUGAAAAAUGGCAACCUUUAGAGGAUAGUCAGGAUCCUUUUUCAUUUGAUGAAGAAUUUGUGCCGUCAAAAUGGGACUUACUAUCUGGGAGAGAGAAAACAUCCCAGGCUAAGAAACAUCAGAAACGAGGACCUAAAAAUAGAGAAAUCCAAGUUGAGCAUCAAUGCCAAUUUACAAUGAGCCAAAAGGAAUCGGCAAGUGUGGAAAAUUUCCAGAGAAAAUCCAUCAAUGAAGAAUAUAAUCAUUCAAAUGUAACAUCUAGUCCUCAAUAUGCUGAAGAAGAAUAUUCCAGCCUUCUUUCUGACUGUCUUCUUGCCGCUGUCAAGGUUUUGAUGAAUUUAACAAAUGACAACCCAGUUGGCUGUCGGCAAAUUGCGGCUUCAGGGGCUCUAGAGACAUUGUCUACAUUAAUUGCCUGCCACUAUCCUACAUUCUGCUCAUAUUUGCCUUGCAGCAGUGAAAUGGAAGAGAAUUCUCUUUGUGUAGAACUUCACAACCAGAAGGACAGACCUCUUACCGAUCCAGAGUUGGAUUUCCUUGUAGCAAUUCUGGGUUUGCUUGUGAACCUAGUAGAGAAGGAUGAACAUAACAGAUCACAGCUUGCAGCAGCUUCUGUUUCUUUACCAAAUUCAGAGGUUUUAAGAGAGGGGAGUCACAUGGCUGUCAUUCCCCUGUUAUGUGCUAUCUUCCUUGCAAACCAAGGAGAAGAUGAUGCUACUGGAGAAGUUCUUUCUUGGAAUGAUGACUCCUCUAUGUUACAAGAAGAGAAAGAAGCGGAGAAAAUGAUUUUAGAAGCCUACGCAGCCCUACUGCUUGCUUUCCUUUCUACUGAGAGUAGGAGCACACGAAAUGCAAUUGCCGACUGUCUUCCGAAGCGCAGCCUGUCGGUUCUGGUACCUGUGUUGGAUAGAUUUGUGGCGUUCCAUUUUACAUUAAAGAUGAUCUCUCCAGAGACUCAUAAAGCAGUGAGUGAAGUGAUCGAAUCGUGUAGGAUACCAUGAGAAGUAAUGAAAUAUUUUGUACAGCCUCGUCUCCCGUUUUAGAUUAGCAGAGUGUUGGUGCUGACAAUGAUCGGAGUUUCAAACCUCGAUUAUCGUCCAUUGAUACAUUAGUUUGAAUUUACCCCUACCCCACAAUAUUAUGUUUUGAUAUGCAGUGUUAUUCUUUGUAGC